AAUACAAACGCGGACAGUUUGUUAGUCUAGUGAGGAUGUCAGAAGGAAGUACUUCCAAUGACGAAGUGAAGAAGACCUUGCCUCCUAAACAAACAUUUUUAUCACUCUCCUGGGAUUACUUUAAGCUGUUUCUGACAUGCGCUUCCAUUUACGGCGUAGGAUACUUCCGACUUAGUACUACCUGGGUCUUGAUCGGGUCGCUUGGAUACUUCGCUUUGCAACAUACUAAAAAUAAGCAGUCAAAGUUAAUAAGUUCACUUAAAGCUAUUGGAGAAGACGAAAAAGCAUUCAUAAUUCAAAAUUUUACCGUGAGAGACCUUCCAUCCUGGGUAGGCUUAACAUACCAAUGAAAUCUUAUAAUGUAAAUUAUUUACUAAGGUUUACUUUCCAGAUGUUGAAAGAGCGGAAUGGCUAAACAAAGUUAUUAAACGAAUGUGGCCAUCCAUUAGUGAGUACGCGAGAGAUAUUAUCGUUGCGUCUAUCGAGCCUAUCGUUGCACAAAAUCUACCAACUGCGCUAACACCUUUUAAUUUUGCUACUAUUGACCUAGGUGACACGCCCCCUAGAAUCGGUGGAGUGAAAGUUUAUAUGAAUGAAAACAUCAGAAAGGAUGAAAUCGUUAUGGACCUAGACCUUAUGCUUUACAGUGAUGCUAGAAUCAAAGUAAACUUAGGAAAAGUCAAGGCGGGAGUGAAGGAGUUUGAGCUACGUGGUACACUACGUGUCGUUAUGAAGCCUUUAGUCCCAAAAGUCCCGUUCGCUGGUGCGGUUACCGUGUGCUUCCUGGAUAGUCCAUAUAUCAAUUUCUCUUUAACCGAUAUGGGAAAUAUCCUGGGACUCCCUGGUUUGCAACAAACAUUGAAUACAGUACUUCGUAAUGUUGUCAACCAGUUGGUCGUCCUCCCAAAUCGUUUACCGGUUCAACUGGUUCCUGACAUUGAUAUUCAGCGUUUGAAAUAUCCAUUACCUCAAGGCGUUCUUCAUAUCAAUAUCAUAUCUGGUCGAAAUCUUAAAGCAGGUGAUAAAAAUAUGAUUGGACAUCAUACAUCUGAUCCAUAUUGUGUUAUACGAGUUGGUGCUAGAACGUUCACUACUUCUGUUGUUAAAGAAACACUAGAACCAGUUUGGAACCAACAUUUUGAGUCUAUCGUCGAUAUUUGUCAUGGUCAGUCAGUAACAUUUGAAGUAUACGAUAAAGAUCAAGGGAACAAAGAUGAUUAUUUAGGUUGUACUUCGAUACCAGUUGAGUCAGUAGUCAGUGAAGGUGAAAUAGACACGUGGUCCUCAUUAGAAGGGGUGAAAACUGGUUCACUACAUAUUCAAUUAACGUGGUUUCGACUGUCAAAUCAUGAAGUGGAUUUUGUACAGUCAAUGGAACAGGCCCUACAAUAUCGUAAAGCAUCCGGACGAAGUAUGAGUUCGGGAUUUUUAUACGUUGUUAUUGAACAAGCGAAUAAUUUGCCACCCGUAAAGCAACUACAAGAACCUUCACCAUUUUGUAAUAUCCAUCUAGGACGUGAUUAUCAAACAAAUGAAGUUAAAGAAAAAACACAAAAUCCUGUUUGGAACUCUGUACAUCAUUUUCUUGUUAGUGAUCCAAACGUUGAUAUACUUCAGCUUAUUAUACGCGACAGUCGGACGGAGACAAAACUAGGAUCUUGUAACAUCUCACUACAAACUUUAUUAACACAGAAGAAUAUGUCUGUCACGCAACCAUUCACCUUACAAGAUACAGGUCGAGAAACAUCAACCAUUUACAUGCAUUUACAGCUGCUGGCUUUACUUCCUGGACAACGCCGAAAUCCAAGCGGGCAUGAUAACACCAAUACAAAACGCAGUUUAUCCCUGAAUAAUAAUUUUAGUAAUAAUACUAUCCCAACUACAAAACCUGCUGAAUCCCCCACAGGAAAUCCAGAAAUGGUUGUGAGAAAUCGUUUUCCUGAUGAUAAUGAUAUUAUUUCUUCUACAGAAUCUCUAUCAGCAACAAACUUCGAUAAUCAGUCUGUUCAGCCAAUUAGACAAGUGAUGACUGGUAAUAGUAUACAACAAAUAAGCAAUUCGUCAUUGGGUCGUAUUCGUUUAACUAUUCAGUUUCAUUCUCUGUCGAACUAUUUAGAAGUAACUGUACAUGAAUGUCAACAUUUAAGCGGUGUUGAUAAAGAUGGUCUAUCUGAUCCAUAUGUAAAACUUUAUCUUAUGGAUUUACACGAAAAUGUGGUCAGUGAUUCAAAAAAGACUAAAACCAUUAAAGAUAAUUUGGAUCCAAAGUACGAAGAAAAUUUUCAGUUUCCGAUUGAGGCUGACCACCUUCCAUUGACCAUUCUAAGACUGGAUAUCAAAAAUCAUGUGGGGCGUUUUACACGUAGUGGAAAAACGCAUUUCAUAGGGACUUUGUCGAUAAAUCUUAUUGAUUCAGUAGACGGGAAAGCUGAAACUAAGUGGUACGACUUGGGGUCACCUAUUUUUCGACCAUAACUUUGUGUUGCAGCUAUUGUCUCCAUGUUAUUUGAUCUUUAUUUAUCUUGCACACUCAAUGUCUGCAAUACUCUUCUUUAAUAUUAAUUAGUUACUUCCAUAAACUGUUGUCUCUAUUUCCAUUCAAUAAGUGUGAUUUAUUUUAAUUUUUGCUUUUUUGUGUAUUUACCUCCACUAAGAAUCAUGUAUAUUUAUAUUUGCUAUAAUAUCAUAUUUUUAUAAAGAAUAAUUGUCAAUAGAUUUUAUUUACAACUCUGGAAGUGUAUGAAAUUUCAUUCUAUGACCUACUACUUAACGUUCACUUAUGCUUAUUUAUUUCAUGUUGCCAUGUGUGUCACACUGCAAUCUUCGUUUAGAUUCUUUUUGAGUCGCAUUAUUUUUUUCACAUCCAUAGUGAUAUAACCGCUAUUACUGCUACAGCGAAAAUUUACCUACCUUAAAAUUAGUGGCCUAUUUAGCUAAUAUAUUCCUUGUGUU